AUGCCGGCGCCAGCAGUGGUAGACAGUGCCGCUAAGCCCUUCACGGAUCACCGUCCCCUGACGCCGACACCCUCCGCCGACACCAAUUGCUGGCCAGCCUCAGGGCCAAUUUUCGACUCGAGCCAGUCCUCUGCCUCGAUUUCACCAUUGCCACCGCCACCGCUCCAGAACUCAUUCACCUCGGAACAAGGCCAUCUACCAAUCCCCAGUCCUCAGCGCGGUCGUCCCCUCGACGUCCGUGCCUCACAACCUCUUCCAACGGCUCCCGACGCCCAACAACAGUCCAACCUCGCAUCUGCAGCCUCCCUGACGAACCGCAUCACGCACGACGCAAUCGCUUCACCACCGAACGCCGCUCUCGCUGGCCCGAAGCAGACUCCCCCCGAGCAAAACUAUCAUCUGCAGCGACCCUUUCGCAGCCUUGCAGCUCGCCGCCGAGAUCGCCAUCGCCCUCCAGCCGCCUACCUCUGGAACCCAGCCAAUUCCACGCCUCGAGACCAGCCACGCAAGACACGACCGCGAAGGCCAUCCACACCGCCGGAGCCAUCGGUGCGGAUCGACCACCCUGACCUUGACGUCGGCAGGCUCACCGAGACGCCACAGGGCGACUAUCCGCUCUUAUCGCUGCCCCAGGUCUUGCAUCUAAGGAACCCAGGCUCGCAACGAAGUAGCCUGCAAGCGGACCGGAGGGCGAGUAAGAUCAGUCUCCCCACCUCCGUACGCGCUUCGUAUGACGGCAAGAGAUCGAGAGACCCAACACCCACGAUUGCGGAGUUCGACCCGAGUGUGAAGGAUAGCGCGCACGUACCGUAUUCCGAGACGAGGCAGGGAAAGUCCAUCAUGGCAGCAGACACUACAGCGCCCGCUCAGUCCUUCACCGCGGAUCUCGAGCGGGGACCGGAUGCGACAGACCACCGCCGAUCGACAGCGUCGCUGGAUGACGGGAUAGGAUCUGCCAUAUCAUCAGAGGACUCGUCGAUCAUGGGUGAGGAGUUGGACCCUGAUGACGAAGCUUGGGGCCCCCAUCACCCUUGCUACCCUCACAUCAACCCACAUGUGCCCGUGGACUCGCCCGAGCACGCGUCGACGAGGAUCAUACGGAUCAAGCGGGACUGGAUGGUGGCGGGCGACCUGGCACCGACCUUUUCAAACCUGUAUCCCGAGAUCCUGGAUCCUGCGGGUAUGUCAGAACCCGAGUUCAGACGGGUCAUUGACAAGCUCAACGGGGAGCUGGUGCCCAUUUUCAAGCCCUACUCGAUGCGCAACACCCUCGAUGGCGUCUUGGGUGCGCUGACUGGCUGGCUUUGGGAUGACCUAGGCUUCACGGGGGCCAAGUCGAGACUGAACAAGCUGGAGAAGUGGAUCGAGGACUGGAACAAGCAUGCUGAGCGUACUAUGGAACCCCACGGUGCGGCACUGGCUCCCAAGCUUAUAUCCCUGCGGCAAACGGGGUAUAUGUCGCUCGAUAUACAAAUACCUGAUCCAGAAAUCGCUGCGGCUCCCAGUACGAGCGGCCCCGGCGACUCACGCUCCGUCAUUCGCCUUGACUCUGCGCCGAGGACGGCCACGCCGGCGUAG